AUGAAAAAUAUAAAUCACAGACAACGUUUCUGGGAAACUACUACUGCAAAUAAUAAGAGCUACAACAAUCCUGAAAAUUUAAACACACGGUACAAGGAAUCCAACGAGAAAAGACCCACAAAAGGAAGCACCCAUCAUGUGCUAAGCAAAAACAGAAAGGAUAACCAAACUACAAAUGUUGAAAUUAUCACAGAGGUGAGUAGGGCAAGGGAGAAUCCAAGUUUGAAUUGCAAACCUGUUAGAGGUGAAAACCAUAGUGGAGAAAAAAAAAAAAAUAACAGAAAGGUGAAAAACGAAACGUUCAAUUCGAGAGUCAGUGCUGAUACAAGAAGAAACAACGCCCAGGGUGAUACACUUGUUCCACUUAAGAAAAACGGACAACGGAAAAUAUUUUUUGAAAAAAGGGAAUGUCUUCUGAAUAGGGAGUCAGCGGCAUUUCAUGAAAAAAAGGACAUAGAAAAUGACGCGAACAAUUUUUCCAAUUUCAUCACUUUUGAUGAUGAGCCAACAGUGAGUGAAAACAGUUCCAUCCAAAAUGACACCCCGCAUCGCACACGCAGGGAUGCACCCACGAACGAUGACUUGGACAUUUCGUUAAAAAAUGUUCAUUUCGAUAUUCACUUGGAUGUUAACGGGGGAAAUGGAGGAAUCCACACGGAGGCCGAAACCGAGACCGCUCCACAGGGUCGUGCUGCCCGUAAUGGUAGCAGAGAUGAGAGCAGGAAAACUAAACAUGGUCCAAGUGGAAAUGGAAGGGAUGGGAACAACCCCCUCCGUGAGAAUAACACCGGGAUGAUGGAUGUUGAAAAAUUGAACAAGGAAGAAAAUGCUGAAAAGGAACUACUACUGGAGCAUAUAAGGAGGCUGGAGUAUCAAAACAAUAUAUUUCUCAACAACCUUUUAAAUGUGUACUAUGUCUGCAUGGACUACAUCAAAAUGCAGGACGAGAAAAUAAAAAAAAAUGAAGAAAUUAUACUGUUCCAGAAUAAAAUUAUAAAAGAUUUAAAGGAAAGUGAUCACUUGGAGGACACCACAGGUAUGAGUAAUGACACAACUGGUAAUUGCAAAAAUGAUGACUCAGAUUUGUGA